GCGGAGGUAAAACUGCUCAUUUCAGUCACAUCUGCUGCUGGUUCUGCAACCACAGCAGCUCCUCGCCGCUUCCUGUGCUUCUUCACAGAUGCUGUUUGCAGGCUUGACAGUGAGACUUUAGGAUGGCACUUUGCUGGAGUUUCUGUCUUCUGCUGCUUUUCUGUCCACCGACAGCAGAGGCCGUGGUCGUCUACGACCCCAGACUGUGCUACAUCCUGGAUGGCAUCCUGGGUCUGUACGGCCUGGUGAUUACCGCCAUGUUCAUCAAGGAGAAGUUCUUCAAAACUAAGGUGUAUGGCAGCCACACGGAUGAAAAAGACCAUAGGGCAGGAGGCAACUUGCGACAGAGAGGCGACCUGGAGAGAGGACGAAACCGCUGGAUGACGGACAAUGCGACAUACACGGGCUUGAACAGGCAAACAGAUGGCGAAUACAAAGAACUUCCUGUUAAAAGAGAACGACCCAGAAAGAACGAGUUGAUUUACCAAGGUCUCAGCUCUGCAAGCAGAGACACUUAUGACACUCUGCAGAUGAAGCAACUUCCUGUGCGCACAACAGCAGACUGAACUCUCUUUUCACUGCUUCUUUGCUCUUUUACCUUCUAUCCUUCACAUGAAUUAUACAAAAUAAAACCCGCAUCCAUUUUAAA